AUGCCGAGGACGAAAAGGAGUCGGAAAAGUGCAGAGGAAAAAGAGGGAGAAGAAAUGAAAGUGGUGUUGAAAAAGCCUCGGAAGACAACGAAGUGUAGCAGAGUCAAGGAACAGCCGAAAAGGGAGGUUAUGGUUAAAAGGAAGAGUAGAGUGGAAAAGAAAUCUGCAAACGUCAAAAAGCUUAAAAUUGACAGUAAGGAGGGCGUGGCUUCAGGGUCUAGUGGUUCUAAAAUCAAAAGUCAGAAGCAGGCUCGGGCUAGAAAUAGUAGUGUUGAAGCUGGUGAAACUGGAGCAGCGUCAAAGACCAUCAAAGUGAUGACAUGGAACGUUGCAGGUAUCAGAGCCUGGGUCAAAAAAAAAGCACAUCAAAUCUUGAAGGAUGAGUCACCGGACUUUUUUGCGUUGCAAGAGACAAAAUGCGACUCUAUACCUAAAGAGAUGGAUAUCAAAGGUUACCACCACUAUUUAGAAUCACCUGCUGAUAAGUCUGGUUACGCAGGAGUAUUGAUCCUUACAAAGGAACCACCUACAAAAGUAGCUUAUCAUUUCCUGCAGUUAAUGGGUUUUAAAAGGCUUAAAGGUUUUAAUAUGCUUCUUGUCGUCAUUUAUGGAUCACAGCUGCAUGACGCUGCGAGAGGUCGUCUGAUUGUCGCUGAAUUUGAUCGGUAUUACAUCAUUAAUUCAUACGUCCCAAACAGUGGUAGAGGUCUAGUCAAUCUCGAAAAACGGAAGCUUUGGGAAGACUGGUUUCUUCCCGAACUAAAAAAAUUAGAUGCAGAAAAGCCUGUAAUUUAUACGGGUGAUCUGAAUGUGGCUCACGAGGAAAUAGAUUUGGCGAAUCCGAAGACGAAUAAAAAUAGAACCGCAGGUUUUACUGAUCAAGAGCGGGAUGAUUUCACUCGUCUUCUAGAUGCUGGCUUUGUUGAUGUUUUUCGAAAACUGAAUCCAGAUAAGGAAGGUGCGUACACUUUCUGGUCAAAUAUGCAUGGCGCACGAGCCAAGAAUGUUGGAUGGAGGCUAGACUACUUCGUCGUUAGCGAACGGUUGUUUGAUAAAGUGAAGCGAUGUGAGAUCUUGAAAGAAGUCACAGGCAGCGAUCAUUGCCCUCUCCUUCUUGAGUUCUCAUUAUAA